AUGGAGAUCAAUGCAAAUGACCUAGACUACAAGAAGAAAGCAGCUGAGCUACUUGGGCUUUUCUUGGCUGCCGACCUCCUACGCGAGUCGCCAGCCACCAAGACCGCAGCAAUAUUCUGUGACUCCAAACCUGCCUUGUGUCAGCUCGUGAGGGGAGAACGUGGCCCGCUUCUGGCUCAGCGCACUGCACGCAGCCUACUGGCCCUUCAAGAGCGCGGCUGUGAUAUUGUGCUUCAGUGGCUUCCAUCACACGUCGGCAUCGUGGGGAACGAGGCUGCAGACAAACUUGCCAAACAAGCACACUCCGCCGAGACCCCGCUAACCGACUCUGCAAGCUCUUUCGACUCGACACGCAACAACCAUCUCCGGGAGCGAACGCACGAGCAUCCUGACGUCCGGGUUGCAGCCGGACGCCCCCCUCCUUCCACGCCAGCGACUGGUUUCAGCUGCCGCGAGCGGGGGCUCCUCCUAGCCAUGAGGACUCACUCCAUGUCGCCAGCGGAACGGAGCCAUCGUCUGCGUGGCGCGAGCUCUCCGAACUGCGCUGACUGUGGCGUGGUGGAAACACUGUCCCACCGCUUGUGUGAGUGUCCUGCUCUCGGUGAAGCGCGCAAGCGGCUCGUCAAGAGGUACCGUCUCGUCGCACUGCCAUGUGUGACACUGCAGGCCCUCCUACACCCCACCGGGUACGAGGACCAUCGCCGCUCUGCCCUUGUGGUCUUACAGAACUUUCUAGAGGACACCAGCUUGACCGAGCGACCUUUAUAA